AUGCCACGUGGUUACAAUUUCAAUGUUAUCACGUGUAAGCCAUGCAGUCAUUUUUUCCGUCGUUACGCGCUCCGUCCAGAGAAGUUCAAAUGUCCAAAUAAUGGACAGUGCGUAAUAAACGUCGCCACCAGAAACUCGUGCCGCAAAUGUCGAUUGCAAAAAUGUUUUUUAGUUGGUAUGACUCCUGACGGCGGCAUCAGUCCGAACAGGGACCGGGUGAGAAAGCCCAUUUCAUCUUCGGUUUCUUUUGUUACAGCUGAAAUAUGUAAAUAG